GAAACGCGCGCAUCGAUGCGGUCAAUCCCUUGGUACAAUACGCGUGGUAAGGGUUCAAAUUGAUGGCCCCCCAUCCAGCGUAUUAUUUUUUCGCAUAAACGCGUGGAGCUAAUCUACGCCAAAUAAGUAAUCGAUUUUUCUACUUAUUUUCUUCAUUUUUAUAAUACUUUUUAUUUUGCUUUCCGUUCGAGAGUCGGACAGUCCAAAAGUAAGUUGGAAUAAGUGUUGAUGCACCAUUCACCUGAACCAAAGCCUCCGACUCUAUGAUUUUGGGAGAGGAGUGGUGGGGAACUUUGGAUUCAAGGAAGAAAGGGAAAGAUAACGGUCAAAUCUGAGAAGAGCCGUCAGGACUCUUUACUACGCCGGCAUAACAGGCAGGGGGAGAGAGUUUAACAGGCCUCUGCGUCGUCAGUCGUUUCUCGCUCGGCUUAUUCGCCACGCGCACUUUAUAGACACUGCACUGCUGAACAAGGGAAAACGUGUCGAGUGUGUUUUACUGUGAUUCUUCCAUUGGAUUAUCGUGGGAUUUGAGAACAAGGAAAAGUUGUAUUCAUCUAAUGUUCUUUUUAAAAAGACACUAAUUUUUGUGGUUUUGGUGUUACAUGAAUCCUUCCAGGCGUGUUUCAGUCUGUCUGUACAAGUGAAUUCCAUCAUGGACUGGAACAAGUUUUUAUGGAGUAGGUGUAUCUCGUUGGCGUUCGUAAUUGUGGUAGCGGUUAUGCCAGAAUCAAAAUGCGACAGUAGUGUUCACAUAUAUUCGACUUAUCGUCUGCUUGUGACCUCUAGCACAUUAAACUGGCUGCCAAUAAGCCAUUACGAGCCUUCCAAGGACAGUAACCUUGUAAUUGGGGGAUUUCAGAUUUCCCAAAGAACUGAUGACAGCUAUAAUGAGGGUCCAUCAGAGCAGCGAGAGAUGUAUGUUUGUCGUGCAGCUCAAAGUGGUGUAUGGGUUGCUGGUGCACAGUUGAAAGGAGAGAAAAGAUGCACCGUUACAGUUCUAGGGACCGUACAAACCGUGGAAAAUUAUGAUUUGCUGGAGAAUGUUGAUAAUGCUGCUCGUCUAAGCUGGGUCAGUUGGGACAAAUUUCAUCAAAUUCCCACGGGUGCUGUUGUCACCGAAACCAUGUACGUGGCACGUCACGUUGUUACUAGUGAUGAGACUGACAAGGAUAGCGCAAUACGUACCUACACCCACUACAUUGGUACACUGAAUCACGACGAGAAACUGGGGACAAUAGCCUACGUCAAGAGCGAUGGCCUAGAAGGAUCAACAGAUUCUGGAGAGUUAUUAGUUGAGACCGAGCCAAUUUACUACGAAUUAACGUCCGUUAAGUUGAAUCACUGGCGUACCCGUAUAAUUAAGAGUGAACCAAGGAUAAUCGGACAAGCGACAAUUAGCAAUUCGAGGAAUGAACGGGCCAAACUGGCCGAGGCAUUUGGAUAUAAUUACAAAUAUUCCAGUUACUGGGGGCAAGGUCACGCUAUGAUUAAAGCACUCAACACCUCUAUUACACUGUUCAAUAGGACCAAGUUACCCAAUAUUAAAUGGGGAAUGCAGGAGAGAUCCGAACGCCAGGAUAGCUGUUCAGUGGAAGUUUAUCUUGAUCCUGGGACUGGAGUGAACGUGACGGUCAGGGCAAAUUAUACAGAGCAUGAGGUGUCAUAUACUGGGCAAUUAGUGUCACACUAUGCUGAUGGUGAGAGCAAGUCCAGAGUGAUCAGUGGAAUGCGUAAAGAGGAAGCGAUCACCGAUUUGCGGCGAGAAUUUGGGCCCGUUUAUUUCCUCAAUAAUUUGACCAUAGUACCCACAACAAUGGCCCCUACGACGACACGUGGGCCUAUUCUUCUCCCCAGCUCAAGUUCCAGUUCCAGUACCUCAGAAACUUUAUCGAUCACCACAAACAGACAGAACGAUAUCAACAGUAUUGUGGGAGGUGACGACGAUGAUAAUAGUAUAAUUCCACCGAAAUCUGAUUCGAAUAUACAGAGUGACGAUGGCGGACCUCAGUCCCUGAAGAAUAAGGAUGCAUUGGCAGGAGCUACGAAUUCAUUACCCUGUCUUUCCAUUUCCAUAACGUCAUUUUUAGUUGCUCUCUACAGAAUAACGUGAAGCUAUUAUUGAUCAGGGACAAUAGAAAAUCAAAUUCGAUGUAAACAUCCUGAUUGACACCUCAGCACAUUCCUCAUCCAACGGAAUAUUUAUUAAAACAGACUAUAUACAGUUAUACUUGCACGUUUCUUUCAAUAUUGUUUUCUUGACUGUUUUCUUUUUAAGAGAAGUGGUUUUCCAUUUUUGUUGGAGAGAAAUGAGCAAGUAUAAUGGUUUAAAAACACUACAAAAACCUUGCAAGAUUUUUCCAAUUGAAGUGGGAAUAAUUCUUAUAUUGUGUGGUUAAUAAACAUGUUAUCAUUUUGUAGUAUUCAUAGAGAAAUAUGAAUACACUUUACUAACUACAAUACAUAUGCUUGCCUUUCAAAAGUGAGGCUGCUGUUGUUAAGCUUAAAAUUAUAUGAGCAUUUCAAAGUUGACAAAAGCAGACUCACGUUAAAUAGCACUCUAAGAAAUGAUACAUUACUGAGCUAGUCUAACUGAACGUCAAGUACAAUUUACAAGAAUUACGAGACAGAUAUAUGUCCAAUGUUCCAUACACGUGUUAAAUUAAACUCUGAUGCAAAUAACCGUUAUUAUGAACAAAUCCAUGUUUGAAAUUUAAUAGGAAGCGAUUUACUGCAGCGAUUAGAUCGAUUUACCCCACCAAUGGUUUUUAAAUGUCAUGUAAUAAUCGUUAAUACAAUUUUUCAAACGAAUUGGGUGGGUGUUGACCACGCAGUAUUAACUUGAUCUUUGAAAAAUAAUAUGACCGUCGUUCGAGAUAAUAUUUUUCUGGAAUUGAUUAAGCAGUUAAAUGAAUGUGAGAACGAGAGACGAAAAUUCGGAGAAAAGAAUGUAGUUGCUGUUUAUGGGGAAGCACAGCUACGUUAUAUUUUUGAGAUUGGGAUACAAAGAAGAUUUGUAAUAUUUAUAAGAACGUAGCCGAUAAGUUUUGUGCAGAAAUACUGUUAGGGCUUGUGAAACAUUGAUAAUGUAUUGAAUUUAAAAAAUUAUGUUUUUUUUUCUUACUCCAUUUAAUUGAAUAUGUAUUCGAGUUUCUUAGAAAAUUUUGACCGCAGAUAUUAUCGUUCAAUUUACCGCUUUCUUGUAUAUGUUUUUGUUUGAUGAAUUUAAUCGUAGAAUAAAAAUGAUGCGAACAAGGUCAAACAAAAUUCAGUAGUGAAAUGGUGUAGGCGAGAUGAAUUAAUUUCACAUUUGAAUAGAUUAGUUACAAAAGAUCUGGAAAUUUCAGAGAGAUAGUGAAAUAUUUGGAGGAGCGGUUUCUAGAGCUAAGUCAGAUCCACACAAAAAUCGCAAAAAAAUUGACGAAAUUUAGUAUGAAUUGACCUGUAUCUUGUGAAAAUUAGUUUGACAGAUUCGGUAACAUAAUGACAUAUGAUUUCAAAAAAUGUCAAGAAAUGGGAGAUAUUACAAAUUUUAACAUAUAAAUAUCAAAUUAUGACAAUUGAACAUAUAAUGGCAUACUUUGACAGAUUCUAUCAUACACAAUAUGUUAUAAUCUGUUAUAUGCUGACAUUUUUCGAAAUUUUUAGCAUAGGUAGUUUUCUGAAAAUGUCAAAAUAAGACAUAAUCUGGCAAAUAAUGACAUAAUAGAACAUAUGAUGCCAUGCUUUGACAGAUUCUGAUAUUACUCGACAAAAAACUAGAAAUGAUGUUGGAAUUAGAUAGUACUUGAUGAUCCAAUGUUACAAAAGAUGAGGAAAUGAGAAGUUAUGACAUAUUCUGUGAAAAAAAACACAUAAUGACAAAUUAGAAUAUUUUGUACUGCUUGUUUUGGCUAAAAUAUUACGUUAACUGACGUAAUUCAUCAAACUUUAAUUUCAGUUUUUAUGAAACAACACAAAAGAAUCAUAAACGCAUAAAUUAUAACAAAUAUUUUUUAAAUAA